GGCCAUUAAUAUUCUUCACUUGUUUAAUUAUCUAGGCAAUCUCUCUCUCAUACGUUAUAUAGACAGACACAAUGGUUGAAACUAACAAGAAGGAUUCUUUUUCAGGAGAGGAUGAGACUAUCCCUCUUAUUGAUUACUCAAUGCUUGUCUCUGCUGAUCCAUUUCUUCAGUCUCAGGCUGUAGAAGACCUAGCCAGAGCCUGUCUUCACUUUGGCUUCUUCAGUGUGACAAACCAUACAGUACCAGACACAGUGAUUAAAGGAGUGAUAGAUAGGCUCUUUGAGUUCUUCGAUCUGCCUGAGGAUGAGAAGCUCAAGUACGAUACUAAAGAUCCAAGAGAUUUAAUCAGGUGGGGCAAAGGCAAUCUUAACCAGGUUAGCAGGGAAUUCAUCAAGGUGGCAGUGCGUCCUACCUUUCAUUGCCCUUCUAAUCCUCCUGGUUUAAGUGAGAGUUUACGGGAAUAUAGCACAAAAGUGAGAGAGAUGGGAAUUGAACUACUUGGAGGGAUUUCAAAUUUCAAGAGCUUAGGACUGAAACAACACUACAAUAGAGAGGAAAAUGAAGAUUUGGAAUCAGGCUAUGAUUUCUUUACUGCAAAUGACUAGUCAUCACGCAAAAAUUCUGAAAAUCAGAUUAUCUGUUCAGAUUCAGCUAAUAUUGAUCCCGGGUUCCGUUCUUAUUCUAUAUCAAAUGUGAGCGGUGGCCUAACAUGUCCACGCAUAAACUGCAAAUGGCUGAGUAAUCUUAGACCUAACUGGAUUGUUGUGUUAAUGUUGCUGAUUCAUCACUUGAAUGGUAUUUGA